AUGGCAGAAACCAACAAGUUUCAUCCCGCUUUGGCUGUCAACAAUAUCAAAAACUUCAUCCCAGUCAUUCUUGACAUGGAAAGCUCACAAUACAAUUCUUGGGCCACAUUAUUCAAGAUUCACGCAAGGGCCUAUCAAGUCCUUGACCACAUCAUUCCACUGACUUCAACAGCCACAGGGAAGAAGACAUCUUCGUCCAAGGAUGCGAAAACCGAGGACAACGACCUCUGGGAUCGUUUAGACGCCAUUGUCCUUCAAUGGAUUUAUGGCACGAUUACUAACGACGUUCUCCCUACCAUUCUUGAACAAGAUGCCACGGCCAUGGAUGCUUGGAACCACUUAGCCGAUUUGUUCCACGACAACAAAACCUCCAGAGCCGUCCAUCUUGAGUACCAACUCUCUCAGGUUCGACUUGAUGAUUUUCCUAACGUUGCAGCCUAUUGUCAACGUAUCAAGACGCUUGCGGAUCAAAGGCAAUACACUAUCUUUCAAUAA